AUGGUUGAAAUACUCAAAGCAUGGAAUGACACGGUGAACUCCGAAUUCGCACAUUUCCAGCCACAACGAAUUCGCAGCAAAAGGGUAGAGUCCGCACCACUUCCACUCUUCAAAUCUUCGCUCUCCGCUACAGUGCCGAGAAAGGCUGUGGAUCGGAUAGUUCAGAGCUCAGAAGCUCGUGAGCUGCUGAAAUUUCUUCGGAAUACCUCGAUACCAGAUGAGAGCUUCUGGUCAACUCUCUCGGGAAACAUCGAC